UUAAUGUUGCCUUCGUCUCUAAUUUCUGUCUCUCUCUCUGUCUCUCUCUCUCUCAGUCUGUCUUCUCCCUCAGAGCUUUUUUGAAUCUUUUAAAAGAUUUUUCCUUUUUGCUUUUUCCCAAGAGGUCUUUUUGGGUUUUCCUAUUUCCGGAGCUUAUCUUUACAGUAACCCAUCAACUUUAACUAAAGCUCUCAUAUAUCUUCUUUAAACUUCACUCUCUCUCUACUCUUCAUACCGAAUCAGUGAUAUGCUUGUCGGUGCGCGGUGAUGCUCUAACGAAGCUAUCUAGUUUGCUGGGUCUGUGUUCCUCCGUCGGAAAAUUUCUGCGAUUUAUAGGUUUUUGGGAUCCGAUUUGAGGAUAUUGUACUAGACUAACAAUGGUUGUUGGGUAAUUUAGGGUUUUGUAUUUUGUGAAGCAGCAACUGAUUGGUGAAUUGAGGGGAAGGAGGAUUCUGUUUGUUUCGGAUAUUCGAAGAUAGCUUUUUCUUCUUCUCCUACGAUGUGGAAACCUGUAAUGUCUCGUUGUAUCUUCUGUAAGCUACCGGACCUUUUAUAAGUGUUGCAAAUGGCUGAGAAGUAAGCUUUUUCGAGAUUCCAGGCUCACCACCACCGUUCUUCUUACGGCUGCCACUAUAUCUGAGCUUUGGAGUAAGAGUUUAGGGUUUUGACUAUUUUAAUUAGUUAUGGAGGAUAUAGGAUUGGUUAAUCAAGGGUGGAAAUGGUUGCAGUCUCAAAAACAUUUGUGCUCGUGGGUUUGCACUGCAAUGCGAUGUUUUGAGGGAAAGACAGAAGCUCUCGUAGAGAGACACUGGCCUCUAGUGUGCACUGGAUGUGGGAAGCUAUUAGGGUUACUUAGUUUAUCGUUUUUUUACUGGAAAGACUGCAUUUUGAGGGGUUUCCAGUCCAGUGCCAAAUUUGGUUCAGCUGCUUUGCUACUGAUAAUGUGGAGUUGCUUCCUUAGCCUGACUUCAGUAUCUUGCUUGGUGUAUGUUCUCCUCGGUAUGGCUGCUGCUGCUGCUGUUGUCCUGUACUUAGGCUGCACUCCUGGGAUCUUCAUUGUAGGACUAUUUGGAAUUUUAAUUUUGUGGAUGUACGCUAACUUUUGGAUCACCGGAACAUUAUUUAUAGUUGCAGGCAAGUGUUAUUUGUUCUCUUUGAAUCACGCGCGUGUGGUGGUUCUUAUGGCGACGGUGUACGCAAUUUACUGUGUCAAAGUCAGACUUGGAUGGCCUGGAGUUAUUCUCUCGAUGAAUCUUGCAUUCUUGUCCAACGAUAUAGUUGUUUGUCUUCUUCAAUGGUGUGAUAGUGUUAGUGAAAAAACACAACCGGAGGAGCCAAAGAAACCUGAAACUGUAAUAGAGGAAGAGUUUCCGGGAGAGUUUGAGUAUCCUUCUGUUCCUGUUGAAGAACCAGAGAAAAAGGUCCAUGAGAAUAAGUCGGCCAAUAAGCCAGCAUCUCCGUCAACUGUUAUUAGCAACCUGAAAGAGGUUUCUGAUGUGAAGGUAGUCAAUAUAGAAACAGAUUCAGCUGAUGAGAUGAAAAGGAUACUGCAUAGUUUGAAUCACUAUGAAGCAUUGGGGUUCCCUCGGAAUAAAAAGAUUGAUCCCGCGGUGCUCAAGAAAGAGUACAGAAAGAAGGCAAUGCUAGUUCAUCCGGAUAAGAAUAGGGGAUGUCCUUUGGCAAGUGAAUCAUUCAAGAAACUUCAAUGUGCUUAUGAGGUUCUCUCUGAUUCUGUUAAGAGGAGAGACUACGAUGAGCAAUUAAAGAAAGAAGAAUCUAGGACCAGGAGUGUCUGUCAGACAUCGCAUGCUUCUUCGCACCAGAGUGGUCCCGAUUAUCGAUCAGAAGAGUCAAGGCGCAUACACUGUACGAAGUGCGGGAAUUCACACAUUUGGGUAUGUACCAACAGGAGUAAGGCCAAGGCCAGAUGGUGUCAGGAUUGUGGUCAGUAUCAUCAAGCCAAAGAUGGUGACGGUUGGGUCGAACACAAAGGGACUCUGGUAUUCGAGAAAGCACAUAAGAUUGAAAUACCACGAGCUUUUGUCUGUGCGGAGAGCAAGGUCUUUGAUGUCUCAGAAUGGGCUAUUUGUCAGGGAAUGGCGUGUAGACCAAACACACAUAGACCAAGUUUCCAUGUGAACAUGGUUGGUUUGGAAAAGACAACGCAGAGAUCAAACUCGAGCAGGUUCCCGUGGGAUCUUGAUGUGGAGAUGAUGGACGAGGAUGAGGAAGAGUUUGAGCUAUGGCUUCAACAAGCUAUGGCUUCUGGCCUCUUCUGUGAGACAUCAAAACGAAGAAAAAGCUGGAGCCCUUUCAAGUUAACCAAGAAACAAUCGCGAAGAACGUCGACUUGAUCUGACAACACAUCGAAGACAAUGGCAAGAUCUCAACAACAAUGGCUCUAUGGUUUGUUAUGUGGGAAAAACGAAGCGAAGAAAUGAACGAAGAGCCUAACAGGAAACAACUUUUGAAGGUGCUAAUGAAGAUAGAAGGGACAUGGAAGCUUGAAACGAACGUUGACUGACAAUUUUUUGAUCCCUUCUCUGUAAAUAAGAUCUGUGGAUUUGUGUACUGUGAGGUGAAAGUGAUGGUUUUUCUCUGAAACCAUAUGAUGAGAAAGUUACAAAGAAGCCGGUUCACAAUACUUUUAAUUGUUUUUUCGGAUAUUAGUUUAUUACAAUUAAAAAUCCUGGAACAAAGUUUUCGUUAGAUCCAUGAACCCAAAUCUCGUAGUAAUUAAUGGCUUCAGCCCUGAAUUCUUUUUUUGGUCGUUGGUGAAUAUUUCCCAUAAUUAGCCGAAGGUGAAAUUACCAAAUUUUCCCUCCUCGGUUCAACUGUUUGUCUUGUCUGUUAAUCCGAGAUUCACAAACCUCGACCUCCAUUACUUACAAUUGUCGUCGAGAUUUGCAAACACGCUCUCAAACAUUUUAUAAAGCAUCUCUCUUUCUCGAAUUUCACAUUUUCUCAGACUCUGGGUAAGCUAAAAAAACCCCCAUUUUUGAUUAGCCGGUACGAUUCUUCCGGAAGAGAAAAACCCUAAAAACUCACCUUGUAAGUAUCACGUCUCUUCGGUUUUAUUUCCCGGAGAAGUGAAGAAGAGGAGGAUAGUGAAAUGAGUAGGCUAUCUUUUCGACCCCGUCCAUUGGACAUACACAAGAAGCUUCCAAUUCUAAAGUCAUUCAAAGACUUUGAAGAUGAAGAGAAUCCUUCUUCCCUUACUAGAAAUUCUCAGUUGCUGCGUAUAGCAGCCGUAGAGGUUGACACUGAGGUGCAUCAUCCUCAAGUGCCUACCAAGAAACUGGUUUCAGAAAUACCAACACCUCAGUUUCUUGUUGUGGAUACAUAUGAAAGAGACUACUCCCGGACUUUUAACCAGCCUGCUUCCUAUUUACGUGCAAGGGGAGCUAGGGCUGAGCUUGGAGAAUUUGUGGAGUAUGAUCUUGACAAUGAAGAUGACGACUGGCUUUGCGAGUUUGAUAAGGAGAAAAUCAUCCUCUCAUCUGAAAUGCUUGAGGGCAUUAUUUUUAAACUAGAAGUAUUGGAUCACAAGGCGCGGGAAAGAGCUGGAGUAAUUAAUCCUACCCUUGGUUCACCAGUUCCAGUGCUUUUGUUGUUUGAUGCUGCUAUUGAGGCGCUGCAAUCUUUACCCAUCAAGUAUGGAGUUUUCCAGGCUAUCUACAAUUAUUGGAAAAAUAAGCGUGAAAGAUGGCAGAAGCCUGUUUUGCGGCGUUUACAGCCUCCACCACCGGUCAACGAUACCAAUCCGUACAAUGUGUUUAGGCCACGGGAGAAAGCUCAUAGACUACACACAAGAAGGAUGCAAAGAAGAGAAAACAAUGCGCAGUCAUUUGAAAAGCUUCGACAGGUCAGGCGCAAUCUUGACCAAGCAAAGACAAUUCUAGAAGCUCUAAUUAAGAGAGAAGAGAAAAAGAGAGAUUUCAUGGCGAGUGAGGUUAGCCUUCAGAGAAUCCAGCUCAAAUAUAAGCACGAAACCGAACUCUUGGAAGAUAGUUUGGCUUUUCCACACUCUACACCUUACAGAUUUGGCUCAAGCGAAGAUGAAUUCAUGGAGUCGGAUGACCCAACCACCACACAAGAAGGCACGAGGCCUUCCUUUACCCCUCAUCCUCGUUUCACCGACUCAAAUCUGGCUCGAGCUCAAGCCGGGAGCAUCAUAAAGCAAGAGGCGAGAAGACACGGAUGGCUCCACAAACUGAAUCCUAAUGAGCCACUUAUGCUGUUCACAAAACCGCUGGUCCCGGAUAAACUGGCUGCUGCGAGAAUCAUGUCACCAACGGAUGCAAGAAGCGGAAGAGCUCGGUUUCAAGGAAGAAUCGGUCGAGGCGGUCGGAUUGUAUUUGAUAGAUGGAAUCCUCUACAGCAAACCCACAUUCACUGUGGCAACUCUUUCUACAUUGCACCAUAACAUCUCUCUCUCUCUCUCUCUUCCACCUUCAACUAAUUUCCCUUUCUUUUUGUAAAGAAUGCUCCGGUUAGUGUUUAGAAAUUCUUCUGUUCAACCAAAUAUAUAAAAAUCUAGAUAAAUGUAUGAUCAUUGAUCGACAAAUUUAUGUGAUAUUUGAUGUUUGUAUUUUUCACUUUCUUUUUUUGGUAUCCCAUUCUAGCGGUCAGCAUUUUCAUAAAAUAAAAUUCGGUUCU